CAGCCGGCGCGGGAAAGGGGCCGGCGCGGCGUGUGCGCGCUCAGCCGGCGAUCGCGCGCAGCACGGUCAGGGUGGGGAUGGCGGCGGCGGCGGCGGCGGCGGCUGGGAGCGGGACGCCCAGAGAGGAGGAGGCUUCCGGAGGGGAGGCAGCAGCUCCCCAGGCCCAGGCCCCGACGAGUGCACCCGGGGCUCGGCUCUCGCGGCUGCCUCUGGCGAGAGUAAAGGCUUUGGUGAAGGCGGACCCUGACGUAACGCUCGCGGGACAGGAAGCCAUCUUUAUCCUGGCGCGUGCCGCGGAACUGUUCGUGGAGACUAUUGCAAAAGAUGCCUACUGCUGUGCUCAACAAGGAAAAAGGAAAACCCUCCAGAGGAGAGAUUUGGAUAAUGCUAUAGAAGCUGUGGAUGAAUUUGCUUUUCUAGAAGGCACUUUGGAUUGAUUGUGGAGCUGGAUGAUCUUGUGAGCCUUUGCUGCACCUUCCUCUUUUCCUGUGCAAGCCUCAACUUCGGAGAGUCUGCCAGUUACACAGUCGUCUUCUUCUACUUUCUCAAGCUGCACGAAGCAGAGCUCUCUGAGAGCAUUCUCCACCAACCAAGUCUUCCAUUACUCGAGUCUGUCUUCCACUUCAGGCCUGGAUAUAGCUGCUGCUGGACGGAAGGACUCUACACAGUGGCUCACUGAGCAGGAAGACCAGAGUGAAGGUCUCUGCUCAGCUUCGUUCCGUGUUUUCGAGUCCUGCCUUUGCUCUUGCCCUGUGACUGGAGAACCAGGUGGUCAGGCACAGACUUUCCACCAACCAUCCUGAGUCACCUUUUUAUUAACUUUGUUCUUUCUCAGCGUGUCAUUGGAAUGUGGGUCUAUAAUUUAUGGGAUUCCACUUUUCCUUAGGAGUCAAAGCGAUGUCCUAGCAGUUUUAUUGAAGUAUGGUUCAUUUGUCAUAAACAACUUAAACUGUAAAAUUCAGUGGGAUUUUUUUUUGAGAUAUUCAUAGGUAUGUGUAGCAAGAUUUUGAACAUUUUCCUGCGAACAGAUUGACAUGAGUCUUUUGUGUAUGACAAAAUUUCAAUAAUGUUAUUUAAAUUUUAUCUGUGCUGUGAUAUGUAUUUGUACCCAUAAGUUGUGAAAUACACAUAAUAUAAAGUUUCCCAUUUUAACCGCU